AAGCUGACAGCUGACAUGGAAGGGGAUCCUUCGGCUGCGUCCCCUGUGUGUACGCGUAGGCUCAGGCUCGACCUACCUUUAAUUAUAACCUUCCGUGUCGGCCAUCCGAAGAUUCAGCGGGGGGACACCUCGGCAGCUGCCGCGAAGAUUUUCAGCUGCCUUUCUUUCCUUGCCCCGACGCGCGAUCGGCGUCGCCGAGAGCGAAUUCCCCGCACCAAAGACUACGCGUCGCCGUCAACCCGCCGCAGGGCACAGCCAAUCACUCCGCCUUUUCAGCCACCGGGCUGGUCGGUCGGCGACGGUUGGGACCGGAGGGAGGGAGGAGCGAUGGAGCCCCUGGAGGCGGCGAUAGCGAUCGUGUUCAACGCGCUGCUGCUGGUGUUCAUGGUGAAGCUCUUCUUCGCCAUGUUCCAGAUGAAGCUCGUCGUCAUCCUCUUCUACCUCGUCGUCGUCCUCUUUGCCCUCGCCUUCUCCGGCCGCGGCCCCGCCGGCUUCUAGGUUAGGUCCUUCGUUUUUUUCCCCCUUGCUUCGGUUGGCUCCGGAUCCAUCCUUCAGGCUGUACAGCAGUGCUUCAUCUUCGAGAGAAUACUAGUAGAUCAUACCUACCUCGGUGCAUGUCUGGUUGGUUAGGAGAGAUCUAGUCUGUGAUGGUGAUGACUCCGAGCUGCAAAUUGUGUGAAGUCGGCCAAUUAACAAGUGCUAGUACAGCUUUAUAUGAGCCCUAGUUGCAGAUUGUGUGGAUUACUCGCCGCUUUCUUCGAUUGUUCUGUGCAAUUUUACUUGUGGAUUCGUGAUGUAGCCUCUGCUAUGGCUCCUCUUCUUGAAAAUCCAGAGACAGAGUUCUUUUCU